CUUGGCUAUAAAUAUCUAGUUGUACCCACGUUUUCCUUCACCAGACGCUGGAUCCCUUGUCCCUGUCACGCACACAACCAUGGAUCCACUUAUGAACAAACUCCAGAGAAAGCUGACGAACGAUUCCACCCUCAGCAUGGGCACAGAGCCGUUGUUCUCAAGACAGGGCUCUUCCACCUCGGUAUCUACCAACACAACGAUGCCUUCGCCCCGUGUACUGCCACAGUCGCUGUCAUUCACAAAGAUCAACGACUCGUCGCCAGUUCCACCGUUGCAGAGCAACGGAUCCACGCUAAGUUUGGAUUCUCUGCAUCUGGCACUUUCAGGCAUCAAGGGGGCAAACUCGCCUAAGGUUCUCUUGAACCAGCCAAAAUCUACAAACAGACUAACAACUACACCAACGAAUGAGCCAUCGCUGGACUCGAAAUGGUGCAUUGUUCUCGUUGGACUGCCUGCAACUGGUAAAUCGUCCAUUUGUAAGAACUUGAUCAAGUUCUCAACAAGACGGUUCCAUGAGGACUAUCACAUCCAAAACUUCAAGAUUGAUUCCUUCAACGCUGGCCACUUCCGUCGUAAACUCUCAAACUUCAAAGACCAGACUUCGGACUAUUUCAGCGUCAAUAACAGCGAAGCCAAGUUACAACGUGAAAGAUUUGCGCAAAUUGCCCUGGACCAUCUGCUGAACUCGUUACUGGGUGAACAGAUCAACGUUGGUAUAUUUGAUGCUACCAACUCAACAAGGGCUCGUCGUAACUACAUCUUCAACGCAAUUGCCGAGAAGGAGGCCAAGACUGGCAUCAAGAUCAACACUGUGAUACUACACGUGAAAUGCACAGAUGACAAGUUGUGGAGAUAUAACGUGGAAGGGAAGACAGUUGGUCCAGAUUACACUCAAAUGGCUCAUGACGAUGCCAUUAACGAUUUUAUACACAGAGCUGAAUGCUACAAACAGGCAUUUGAGGAUAUUACACAGGAGGAGCUACAAUCUCAUGAAGGUUGUAUCUACGUUGAAGUUGACAAUGCCGGCAAGCAGUGCAACGUUAUCAACACUGGAUUAAAAGAUGUGGAGCACGAUUUGAUCUUCGCAGAGAUGGAGUCGUUCUUCACUUCAUACUAUAAUGAUUAUGGAAGGGAAUAUGAAACAAAUGCUAGAGAGUUUUGGUGCCAUCCACACCCUGAAACAGUGAAAUAACUCACCAAUAUUGAGGGUUUCUUUUCAACAGUUAUAUUAUACGCUUUUAUACAUACAAACAAGCAGGGGGAUGUUAUCGAGGCUAACGUUAACAGGGUUCUUAUUCUAUUCUUUUUGGGCAGGUUUUUUCUUUACAUUUGGUUUCUUU